AUGGCAUACAAUGAUGAUGCUGUGCUAGCUAAGCUCAGUGCCGUCAAUGAGAGCCACGAUAGCAUAUCUUCUUCUGCACAAUGGAUUCUAUUCCACCGGAGACAUGCGACCCGCACUGUCGAGCUAUGGUUCAAUCGCUUGAAGUCUUCCUCAAGCACAAAAAGGUUGAGUCUGGUCUACCUGGCCAAUGAACUUGCACAGCAAUCUAAGAUUAGGAAUAAAAUGGACUUCAUCGAGGCCUUUUCUCCUGUCCUUCCAGAGGCUAUUGCCAUAGCUUACAAGGGGGCCCCGAGCGAGGUCCAAGGCAAGAUUAAGAGAGUUAUCGACGUUUGGAGGGAUCGCCGCGUUUUCGAAGAUGCAAUUCAGGAGGCCAUAGAUGCCAGAAUCGCAGACUUGGAUAAGCUGAAGGGUGCAAACGCUUUUGGCGGUCCGUCUCCAUUUGGUUCAGCUGCGUCUGUGGCAGCAGUUGUUCCAUCCGAGCUAAGCAAUCUGGUCACUCACUACCAGGGCAGCGUGAAGCACCAAUCGCCAGCCAAGACGGCGUUUGCCACGGCAAACCAAGACUAUCUCAAACUUACCGAUCCGUCUGCACCGCCUCCUUCGGCGCCAGUCUAUGCGGCACGACUUAAUGGGUUGCUGAAGGUUCUAGCGUCCGCCGAAGGCGCUGUCGCGGAAUCGGUUAAGGCUAGAAAGGGCCUCAUCGAAGAGUUGGAAAAGCUCCUCGACGCCAGCAAGGCUACGCUUGCGUCCGAGGAGAAGCAACUCCAGGAGCUGGGAGGACGUAAAAGGGAAAUCGAGCAAAAGAAGCAGGAGGUGGAAACAAGCAUCAUGCGGGGUCUCAGCACCUCUGGAGACUCUGGGAUAUCUCCUGCCGGUGACCGUCCUGCCUCACAUACUCCACCCGAGCCUGACCGACCAGAAGUGGAAGCUCUUACACCGCCCUCAGUCAAAGACGAACCCGAGCUCCCCGAAGGUGCGUCGGAUUUCGCGUCCCCGUCGGCCCACCAAGGCCCUGGAUUCCAGCACGGCGUGGCUCCCGGCAUCGAGAUGCUUUCGCAUCUCGCAUCUCAGUAUCAGUCUCUGCCGUUGGCAACUAAUGGCUCGAAUAAGCGAAGGAGGCUAGAUGGCGAUGACUUCCCCGAUCUCGGUGGCGACGAGGAGAUCGACGCGGAUGUGGCGGAAAUGUUGCGCAAAGACAACGCCGGCCCAUGA